AUGGGAAUAGAAGUUGAUCUAGCUGCCUCAACUGACGCCCCGCUGCCAGACUGGUUUGGUAUUCUCAACCUUGUUUUGGUCAUCUUCUUCGUGGCAGAGCUGUGCCUGAAAUUCGCAGCCUUUGGUUGCGCGACUUUCUGGUUUGGCACCGAUUGGGCCUGGAAUUCCUUUGACUUUCUUGUGAUUGCUUUAUCAGUGCUGGACAUUGUUCUUGAAUUUUCUUUACGGGCAUCAGUCAGCACUGGCCAAGUUCGAGUCUUUCGCGUUCUUCGCAUCUUUCGCUACGUGCGGAGUAUCAGAGUGGUGCGGCUUUUCAGGUAUAUCAGCGCUUUACAGGUUCUGACCUUGUCCAUCCUUGGCACCAUGAGCUCGUUAGCUUGGACGUUGGCGCUGUUGAUUCUCAUCAUCUACAGCUUCGGUGUGGUUCUGACCGAGAUUGUUUUCCAACAUUGCGGUCAACUAUCAAACUGCCCUGAAGAUUUGACCUCGCACUGGGCAAAUUUGCGUCUGAGCAUGCUGUCGCUCUUUAUGGCAAUCUCGCAGGGGCUUAAUUGGGAGGAUUUGCUGACACCUCUAUUGAAUGUGUCUGAAGUGGCUGCCGUCCUGUUGAUUUUGUACGUGAUCAUGACCAUAUUCGCAAUUUUGAAUGUCGUCAACCGGUGUGUUCUGCAACACUGCCAUUGA